CGUGCCUGGGGUCCCAGGAGUGUGGGCCCCGCGGGAAGGGGUAGACUGGGGAACUUGGAUUUGCUGUGAGGGGACCUAGAAGUCCAGCUGCGCAUUCCUACUGGAAACUCCUUGGACCCUGGGACCCUGGGCUCAUAGGAUCACAAAAUCAUCCCCCUCCCCCAUUCUGGGCACCAAGAAGGCUGGCCUCUGGAGACCUGGCAUGGGCGAACCCCUGAGGGUAGACCUCAAAGGGGAAUGUGGGACCCUGGCGUCCAGCCUUUCCCUUUCCAGUGCCAAAAGCCUUGAUCUUGGCCUUUUGCUGAUGGGAAUGGAUGAACUCUGUGGCUCCCAAAGGGUUUGUAAGGAUGCCCUGGAGUUUGAUCCCUGGCAGCAGGUGGGAGACUCUGGUGCUGCCCAAGGCACACUGGAAGCCAACAAGGGGGAGGGUACAGUAGGACCCCACUCACGCAGAGCACCAGGGUGAGGACUGUGAGGGGAAAGAAAGGGGGCUGGAGUGGAGAGUCCCAUCCUCAUCACCUUACCUAGAUCUAGAUAGGACGGGAAGCUCUUAGGUGAGAGCAGGGGAUGGGAGGAGAAUCCUAUAUGCCCCAUAGGAAUGGAGGAGGGAUUGCCUGGGUAUCUGGGAGUCUGCCCUCCUGCCCACUCCUGGCGGGCCUCCAUGGUGGUGUGCUAGCCAGCCGGGGUGGGUCCUCCUGUUUUUCCCACCAGUGAUUUUGGUCUAACUCUGCCCCCAGCUACAUGCUGCUCAUCUGUACUCUGAGGGCUGGUCAGUGCCCUGACCCUUUGUUUCACCUCUCCUCUCCAGGUAGAGAGUUUUCUGGACUGGUCUGACACCCCCAUGUAGCCCUUGUAGAGCCAAGAUGAGGCUUUCAUCAGUGGCACCUGCAGUCUGAGCAGCUAGCAUGGCCUGCCACUGGAGGUGAACGCCAUGGCUACAGGAGGUAGCCGGGCCUUUGCUUGGCAGGUGUUCCCACCCAUGCCCACCUGCCGGGUGUAUAGCACAGUGGCAUACCAGGAUGGGCACCUGCUAGUGUUGGGGGGCUGUGGCCAGGCUGGACUGCCCCUGGACACUGCUGAGACACUGGACAUGGCCUCACAUACAUGGCUGGCACUGGCGCCCCUGCCCACUUCCCGGGCUGGUGCAGCUGCUGUGGUGCUGGGCAAGCAGGUGCUCGUGGUGGGCGGUGUGGAUGAGAGCCAAAGCCCAGUUGCUGCUGUGGAGGCCUUCCUGGCCGACGAGGGCCGCUGGGAGCGUCGAGCCACCCUCCCUCAGGCAGCCAUGGGCAUUGCGACUGUGGAGAGAGAUGGUAUGGUGUAUGCUCUUGGAGGAAUGGGCCCAGACACGACGCCCCAGGCCCAGGUUCGAGUGUAUGAGCCCCGGCAGGACUGCUGGCUUUCACUACCCUCCAUGCCCACACCCUGCUACGGGGCCUCCACCUUCCUGCAUGGGAAUAAGAUCUAUGUCCUGGGGGGCCGCCAGGGCAAGCUCCCAGUGACUGCUUUUGAGGCCUUUGAUCUGGAGGCCCGUACCUGGACCCGGCACCCAAGCCUGCCCAGCCGCCGGGCCUUUGCCGGCUGCGCCAUGGCCGAAGGCAGCGUCUUUAGUCUGGGUGGCCUGCAGCAGCCCGGGCCCCACAAUUUCUACUCCCGCCCACACUUUGUCAACACUGUGGAGAUGUUCGACCUGGAGCAUGGGUCCUGGACCAAGCUGCCUCGUGGCCUGCGCAUGAGGGAUAAGAGGGCCGACUUUGUGGUUGGCUCCUUUGGGGGCCACAUCGUGGCUAUCGGGGGCCUCGGAAACCAGCCAUGCCCGCUGGGCUCUGUGGAGGGCUUCAGCCUCGCACGGCGGCGCUGGGAGGUGCUACCUGCCAUGCCAACAGCCCGUUGCUCCUGUUCUAGUCUGCAGGCUGGGCCCCGGCUGUUUGUCAUCGGGGGUGUGGCCCAGGGUCCCAGCCAAGCUGUGGAGGCUCUGCGUCUGUGUGAUGGGGUCUGAAUGCCUGACGGGACCUUGUCUACUGGAGCAGCUCGGUGCCAGAGGCAGAUGUCUGUGGUUCCUUGUGCUGCUAAGGAAGCUCACUGUGGCUCUGUGAGAUGAAGGAGGCACAGGCGUGGGAACUUGAGACACUGCCUCGGGGACUUGGGGGGGGCUUUGUUUUUAGCGUAGGACGUGCAUACGCUUCCACCACCUUUACCCCCAUUCAUUCAUAGACCAUGCCUGGCUCUACCCUUGCUCUGGAACCUGCUGGGCCCUCUGUCUGAAAGGGAAGUGGGGGGAGGGGAGAGCUGGCCUCAUGCCCCUCAGGGUCAGUGCCUACCCGGAGUUGACCAGGCCCACCCCAAUGACUAUUCCUGAAAAAUUCUAGCUGCCAGCCUGCCUCGAAGGCCCCUGUGAGCCCAGGAGAGUUCAGGGAGGGUGGAGGACACAGAAGGAAUGGAAGAGUGGAAGAGGGAAUCUCGGAGGGCCGAAGGGAUGUUGGCUUUUGGCCCUUUACACCGCUGGCUAUGUGAGUGACGUUAGGCCAGUCAUUUCACCUCUCUGUGCCUCAGCAUCCUCAUCUUUAAAUGGGGAUCUCUGAAACUUUCCUGCCCUACCUACCUCACAGGGCUGUUGUGAGGACCCAGGGAGUUCAGAUGUGGGAGUAAAAGUGCUGCUAAAAUUUGA